AUGACGCCCAGAGAAUGGCUUCGCGAGAAUACCCAUAUCGACCACUCGUACUUGCCCACUAUCCAACAGCUGCAAGCUCUGGGAUCAACUCGUCCUAAGGCUGCAUUUAUCACCCUCGUCCGCAACUCGGAGUUUGAGGGUAUGGUGUACAGUAUGACCCAGCUGGAAGCUCGCUUCAACGGACGCAACUUACACGGCUAUGACUGGAUCUUCUUCAACAACGAGGAAUUCACCGAGGAAUUCAAAUCAUUUGUUAGCAACACCACGAGUGCUCGAUGCUACUUUGAGACCAUCCCGGAGAAGCAUUGGUCCAUUCCCGACUGGAUUGACGAAUCUCGCUUUGAUGCCGGUCGCCAGUUUAUCGGGGGGAUUGGUGUCGGCAAGGCAUGGCUUGAAAGCUACCAUCACAUGUAUCGCUGGAAUGCAGGUCUCUUCGCCCUUGAGGAUCGUCUGAAGAACUAUGAUUGGUUUUGGCGAGUCGAGCCUGGUGUCAAGUUCACGUGCGACAUCAACUAUGAUGUUUUCCGCUUUAUGCAAGACAACGACAUGGUCUAUGGCUUCAACAUGGUCAUCCUGGAUGAUGCUCGAUCCUUCCCAUCUCUGUGGGAGCGCACCAGCAAAUUUCGCAAGUAUCAUCGUGACAUGCUUCAUCCAGAAUCCGACAUGACUUGGCUCCUCCACCCACGACAAGAUGGACUCGUCCGUUCUCCGCAAUAUGAAUCGACACGGGACUCCGAUGAUGAGGGAGAAUACAACAACUGCCAAUUCUACUCGAACUUCGAGAUUGGGUCCCUCAAGUAUUUCCGAGGAAAGGAGCAUCAGGCAUACUUCAGACACCUUGAUCAGGCUGGCGGUUUCUAUUAUGAACGCUAUGGCGAUGCACCUGUGCAUACGCUGAGCAUUAGUAUGUUUGUACCAAAGCGUCGUGUAUGGUAUUUCCGUAACAUCGGGUACGCACACAGCAUCUGCGAGAAUUGCCCGCCUCACACAUCGAGCUUGACUCGAGACAUUGAGCGCCAGCGUGGCAUUCCCGGACUGCGAUGUGGGUGCACCACGAACAAUUUCGACAUCAAUCACUUCAAGCUGGUGCCCUUUGAGUCCAAGCAACGAAAGCCUUUAGAUACAUGUAUUCGCCAGUGGCUUGGGGGCAGAUGGCUGCAGAAGCAACCAGACCAUGAACAUGACAUGGUCCAUAUUCUGGCGGAGAGUGAUGACGAUGUUUAUUUCCUUGAUGGAACUGAGCCAGACCCUUAUUCGGUUCCCAUGCCACGUGACAAAGUUUUGCGCAAGGCUUUGCUCCGCAUUGGCGGCUGA